CGAGCACGGAGUGGCGGGAGGGAAAAAGCGGAGGGGAGCAGCAAGAAAAAUAAAUGAGUGGUUAAAGCGAAACGGCGCGUCUGCCGUCGGUUCCGUUCAAACCGAUAAUCGCUCUCGUUCUUUUUAUUUUUUUUAAAAAAAGAAAAGUAUAUAUAUAGAGAGAGAGAGAGUGAGAGAGAUUUUGAGACCGCGGCGCUGGCCGCGUGGAAAGUGCGGCGCGGAGCCUGGGUUUGCGGGAAGGGCCGGGCCGGGCGGCUGAAGAUGGCGUGUUUGCUGGAGGCUCCGAUGCGGAUGAGUGUCCUCUCGGAAGUUACAGCCAGCAGUCGUCACUAUGUCGACAGGCUAUUUGAUCCUGACCCCCAGAAAGUUCUACAAGGUGUCAUUGACAUGAAAAACGCUGUCAUUGGGAACAACAAGCAGAAAGCCAAUCUGAUUGUGCUGGGGGCAGUACCAAGAUUGCUGUACCUUCUACAACAAGAGGCUUCCAGUGUUGAACUUAAAACCGAAUGUGCAGUUGUGUUGGGAAGCCUUGCAAUGGGAACAGAAAAUAACGUGAAGUCUUUGCUGGACUGCCACAUAAUUCCAGCAUUACUGCAAGGCCUUCUUCUUCCAGAUCUGAAGUUUAUAGAGGCUUGUCUUCGCUGUCUUCGCACAAUAUUUACAAGCCCCGUGACUCCAGUGGAGGUACUUUAUACAGAUGCUACUGUGGUUCCUCAUCUGAUGUCUUUGCUCAGUCGAUCUCGAUACACACAGGAGUAUAUCUGCCAGAUCUUCUCACACUGCUGCAAGACUCCAGAACACCAGGCCGUCUUGUUCACCAAUGGUGCAGUACAGAAUAUUGCACAUCUACUGACGUCACCUUCAUACAAAGUUCAGAUGCAGGCACUAAAAUGCUUUUCAGUAUUGGCCUAUGAAAAUCCUCAGGUUUCAUUGACUCUUGUAAACGUGUUGGUAGAUGGAGAAUUGUUACCCCAAGUAUUUGUGAAGAUGAUGCAGAGGGAUAAACCUAUUGAAAUGCAGCUGACAUCUGCAAAAUGUUUGACUUACAUGUGCAGGGCUGGAGCAAUUCGCACAGAUGAUAAUAGUAUAGUUUUAAAGACACUCCCAUGCCUAGUCAGGAUGUGCAGUAAGGAAAGGCUGCUGGAGGAGCGUGUGGAAGGAGCUGAAACCUUGGCUUACCUGAUAGAACCAGACGUGGAACUGCAGAGGAUUGCUAGCAUCACAGAUCAUCUUAUUGCAAUGCUUGCUGAUUACUUCAAAUAUCCUAGCUCAGUCAGUGCAAUCACGGAUAUAAAAAGGCUCGACCAUGACCUCAAACAUGCUCAUGAACUUCGCCAAGCUGCGUUCAAGUUGUAUGCCUCCCUUGGAGCGAAUGAUGAAGACAUCCGGAAGAAGAUAAUCGAGACUGAAACUAUGAUGGACCGCAUUGUCACUGGCUUAUCUGAGUCUAGUAUCAAAGUGCGGUUAGCUGCUGUCAGGUGUUUGCAUAGCCUCUCCAGAUCAGUACAGCAGCUACGGACAAGUUUUCAGGAUCAUACAGUAUGGAAACCACUAAUGAAGCUGUUACAAAAUGCCCCUGAUGAGGUACUUGUGGUGGCGUCGUCAACACUGUGCAAUCUUCUCCUCGAAUUCUCCCCAAGCAAAGAGCCCAUCCUGGAAUCGGGAGCUGUGGAUCUAUUGUGUAACCUUACACAGAGUGAGAAUCCAGCACUCCGAGUCAAUGGGAUAUGGGCUUUAAUGAAUAUGGCCUUUCAAGCUGAUCAGAAGAUAAAGACAGAUAUUUUGCGGGGAUUAAGUACCGAACAGCUCUUUAGAUUGCUGUCGGAUUCAGAUGUGAAUGUACUAAUGAAGACUCUCGGCCUCCUCAGGAAUCUCCUAUCCACCAGGCCUCACAUAGAUCAGAUUAUGAGCACUCAUGGAAAGCAGAUAAUGCAAGCAGUGACACUUAUCCUGGAAGGGGAGCACAAUAUUGAAGUCAAAGAACAGACUCUGUGUAUACUCACAAAUAUAGCAGAUGGAACCACAGCAAAGGACCUUAUCAUGACCAAUGAUGACAUCUUACAAAAAAUUAAAUAUUACAUGGGUCAUUCAAAUAUAAAACUCCAGCUUGCUGCUACAUUUUGUAUAUCUAAUCUCAUCUGGAGUGAGGAGGAAGGUUCCAAUGAACGUCAGGAUAAACUCAGAGAGUUGGGCAUAGUGGAUAUUUUACAUAAAUUGGUUUUAUCUACAGACCCCAACCUUUGUGACAAGGCAAAGACAGCACUGCAGCAAUUUCUGUCGUGAGUCUCCAGCCUGGUGUCCCACCCAAAGCUCCAAAUACAUGGCAGGAGGGGGUUUCAGUGGGAAGCCGAGCCCUGGCUCUUUUGUGCACACGUCACCUUGGACUGCAGUUUUUUUGCAUGCAGUGAUUCGUGAAGAAACGUUAAUCAUUCAGGAAGAAGAAAGCAAUGCAGCAGAAAAAGAGGUUCAGUCUCAACAUAACUGCUUCCAUGAACUACUUGGAGACUUUAUCAACUUUGAGAAUAAUCUGGUUACCCCCCCACCUCCCCCUCCCUUUGAGCCUGAAAACAAUUCUGCUCAUGCUGCAGCUAUUUUGGUGUGUGACUGAUUACUUUUCUGAAUUCAUUUUUGAAAUAAUUUUUUCUACAGUUUUUCCAGGGUAGUGUAUUGCUUGCUGAAUGAAUGCUGUACUUGGUGUAAAGGAUUUACUCAUAGAGAACACCUUAAAGAUAAUGUAAUAUUUAAACAAAACUGUACAAAAAAUAUAUAUAAUUUUGGUCAGAAGCUCCAGAGAGAGUGAGUAUGUAAAAUACUGUGUGCAUUUGAUUUAACCCAAUUUUCUGCAUUUACUUUGAGACGGCAUCUAUUUAUGGGCCUACACAGGUAGUAUUCGAUUCCAGGAGGAAGGGCACAGCUGAACUGGCCUUUACCUCUGAAAAUCCAGGUACAAAUCCAGCUCAGGGAAAGGUAAUGAAGGAGUUCUCUCACUGGCACUCAUUGACUCUUUUAAUAGCACUUACCUGAUUUCCCUUUGAACAGUUGGUAGUUCUGAUCUUCAGUAGAAGUUUGCUUCAAUGAAAGCAUGGCUGGUACCAUUGGAUUGAGCAACAGUGGUUUAUCCAUUGCACAGUCAGCUUGACCCCCACUGCUGCUAUCUUCCAUUCUCUGGAGAGGCCUGGGAUUCAGUGUAGUCAAUCAGAUAUUGAAGCUUUUCUGAAGUUGGUGUCACGAAAUAGCAAUGGGUCAUUUCAGGGAACAUUUACAUCUAAAUUAUGCCUCAGGCAGACAACCACUUCUAUUAGUCUGGUAUUUACAGUUGGUACAGCAGCUGUAUUAAUGGCGUUGAUACACCUUCCUUCCAGAUGCAAGUUGUUUGUACAAGUAAUACAGAGUGCCAACAUGUCAUCAGUGCAUUGGCAAUGUGGAGUGGGACAUCUUCCCAACAUGAUUCACCUUCAUCUGCACAAGUACUGUACAAACAAAGGUGCGGACACUUACUUUGUAAGGUCGCUGAGUGUGGCAAUGGCCAACUUCAGCAUCAGUUCAAUUGUUCUAAUCCUGUUUAAUCACCAAUCAAACGCUACACUACCUAUUUUAGAAGGCAGAGUAAUACAUAGAAGAACAUUACCCAAGAUCUUUUCGUUUGCUCAAAUUCAACCUGUGUAGGCCAGCCGAAACAGAAUGCUGUCUUCGUUAUCUUUUUGAGUUUAAAGUUCACAGUUGAAACAACUAGCUGUUUGUUUUGCUGCUUUCUUGCUUUGAAUCCUUCAUUUCUCUCAGAAGACAGGCAUUUUAAUCUUAGCAAUCUAUCUAGUCGUUCAUUGCCAUGAAAAGAUUUAAUAUUUCUGUGCUAUUGGGUUUCAUGCAGCCGUACAAAGAAGGGAUUUCUUCCCCCAAGCUGGUUCUCAGCAAAUAAAAGAAACGGAAAGCUGUGUAAGGUUUUGCAUUGAACUUUCCAGUGUUUGUUAGUAUUUGUGUUGUCUUGGACAAGGUCUGUUGCUGCAUGGGUUGGUUCCUGGCCGUCGGCUGCUUAUAAUUAUUACUGUCUCAGCAGUUUUUCCUUUUUUGUUUUCGCACCAACGGACUUUUUUGUACAGAGACGAGAAAAUGGAUAUAAAAAAGUGAAUAUGGUAACAAUCAGAGGCUAAAGUAUUUUCUCCGAGCAUUGUUUGAACAUGCAACAAUAGCAUCAUUUCAAGAUUAAUCUGAGUGAAGCUUUUUAAAUUGCGACCAAUUUAAAUGCACUCCAAAUGGAUCAUUGUAAUCAUACUGUGUUCUAAACUAGUCUACUUCCUUUUUUUUGUCCAUGCGUACAGUUGAUCUGAAUAGGUUUUGCCUUGACACACAAGUGUUUUAAUAGCACCGUCUCUGUAAUUAUAAUGCGAGAAGACUAUCACAUUUUUCUGACGUCAUUUAAGCUCCACUGACUGAAGUCGGUUAUCUAAGGACUGGCUUCUUGGGCUGUUUUAUAUAACACUGGUUAUGAAACAUUAGUUUUUGUCUAUUUACUAGAGUCUGUUGUGAUAUCAGUAUAAUGUACUCAUAUUCAUGGUGUUUGUGUGCAGGAAAUUUAUAUUUUCUUAUUAAAAGAAUGAUUUUCAGUUAA